UUGCGCCAUACUACAACCUGUUUUGCCCACUUUUACUAUCUGAUAUUGUUCAGUUGAUUUUUCUUAUUUUGCUUCCAUCGUCAGGUAGGUAAAUGUGUUGCGGAGAGUAAAGUAGACCAGCCGGCAUCAAGAAUUUCGUUUAUGUUCCUUUUCUAUGAAAUGUAUGCCGAACGACACUCCGUACUCACGCCGUCCCGUUUCUCGUGAUGUCUGACUGUGUGUCAGCUGUUAUCAAGGAUGCGGUGAACAUCGAUGGUAAAAGUUGUGUUUAAAUGCAACCACUGGAAAAAAAAAAGAUUCUUCAUUCCGUGCAGUGUACUUCAGUGGCCUAGACCCAGGAGCUUGCACAAAAUGCAACUGUUGACGAUCGGCUGUUCGGCAAAGCAACACUUCCGUAUUGACCAGUUCAUUCGUAGUGACUUUAAACCUCUUAGGUCAUCCACAUCGCUUAACAACAAAAUAACAUCGCACUACUUUCAUCUGGCGCAGUAAACAAAUUCAGAUAUUUCAUUUUUCGAAAACCUUUACGAAGGCUGUGAACAUCCGCAACGCGAAAACGAGAUGCCUCCAUAUCCAAAUGUUUAUUGGCGGACUUUUCACCCCAUUGAAAAAUCCCGGGAAACGCUGCUUUGAACCGCAGAAGGAAAAUUCAUUGGCAAUACAUAAUUAAACCAAACGCGUUGACUGCAGCUGUGUUUUGCGCAUUUAGGUAGUAGUAGUCGUGGUUAUUCGGAAUCAAGUAGGGGUAUGCAUGCAUGAGUUUCAGGACAGCGGAACUGGCGAGCUCAUAGGCUGUGUCAAGGUCAUUAACGGAACUAGGCGGUAUGGCAGCUGUGUCCUCCAGAUGACGUCACCGUCUAGAGGGCGCCAUAUGCGGAUUUUUUGAUUUCAUAUUGUUCUUUUGCGGCGUAUUUUCAGACCUUCCUACGGUCACAUACCAAUAUGACGGCAAGCUGUCGACGCAUCGCGUUUUUCGCAAUUAUUUCCUAUCUUUUUACCUUUGGUUUGCAAGUGUUGUUUGCAUGGGUGGUUGAGUGCAAACAUGAAGCUGUAAUCGUCACAGCAUCAGUAGGCAAAAUACUGGGUGUGAAGCGCUGUUCAGUCGGCAACGACAGCGUUUAUGCUUUUACCGGAAUACGAUACGCCAGGCCUCCUGUUGGUGCACUCCGGUAUCGGAAACCCCAGUCGCAGCCUCCGUGGAUUGAUGACAUUUGGGAUGCCACGCGGACGCCUCCGGCAUGCAUUCAGCACAGUGUCUUUACAGCGAGGGAUUUGACUUGGAUUCCCUAUGGUGUGCAGACCAGCGAAGACUGCCUCUACUUGAAUAUUUGGACGCCGAGUCUGAGUGGAAAACGAUCCGUGAUCGCUUGGAUACACGGAGGACUAUUUCGUCAUGGCUCUGCCGCCAUGCCCCUGGUUGACGGUGGGAAUUUAGCUUCUCUCGGGGACGUUGUCGUGGUCACAAUCGCCUACAGAUUGGGAUCGUUCGGAUUCUUGUACGGCGGCACGGAAGGUGCUCCCGGAAACCAAGGCCUACACGACCAACUCAUGGCGCUUAAAUGGAUUCAGGACAACAUCUCUUCUUUUGGAGGUGACCCAGCGGAAGUCACAUUGUCCGGAUUUAGUGCGGGUGGCAUUUCAAUCGGAUUCUUCCUGACAGCUCCAGGGACAAGCGCUUUGUUCAAACGAGCCAUCGUCCAAAGUGGCCCCGUGACGCCGAAACGCGUGUCAAUUCACAAGGAUGCCGCUCUUGUUCAGUCGGGCAAGUUCGCGAGGAUUUUCGGUUGUCACAACGAAAGUUCCGUCGUCAAAAAGGCAGGAAGUAUCGUCUCCUGCAUGCGGAAUAUCGACGCGAAUUUGAUUGGACCGCUGGAACAGAAUUUCAUAGACAACGGCGGCACGUUUACGCCAGUUUCUGGCGACGGCCUCUUGCCGACCCAUUCACAGCUGGCUAGAUUCACGGGUGACAGGCAAGUAAUGAUUGGAUACGUCGCUAACGAAGGAAGCGUAAGCCUGUACGCACAGUUUGCAGACGUUUUUUCUAGGACGCUGCCUCCGAGAAACGUAAGCAAGGCUGAAGUGCUGUACCAUCUGGGCGCUCUACACAAAGAGCUGUCACUUUCACAACUGCUGACGCUUCGUAAACUCUACAUGGGGCGACUUACAAAUUUCGCCUACAAGAAACUGACGCAAGCUCUGGUCCAGGAACAGACUGAGGUGCUAGCAAGUUGUCCUUCGAUCGAGACGGCACUGAAGCUCGCGGAAGCUAUGGAAUCGACCAAGGCAGGCCACGCGGUUUAUUUUUACGAGCUGGACUACAUUUCGGAAUGCAGCAAGGCUCUCCCUUGCCUGGGUAUGACGCACGGUGACGAUAUCGCUUUUGUAUUUGGAAGGCCUUUCGACAAGAAUGGCUGCGCUCGGGACAUCCCAUUCGCUAAGAAACUCAUCGAAAUGUGGAGCAACUUCGCGAAAGGAAGAGUGCCUGUGGUUCCAGGAGGAGGGAAAUGGCCCGAGUUCAGGAAACAUUCGCCGAUGCUGUUAAAGAUUACGGGUGCUAAAGCCGUGCCUUCCAAGUUUAGGUAUUUUGGCCGAUGUCAUAAGCUGAAAAAACUCGAUUUGUACUGAGAGUACCGAAGGGAAAUUAAAUUGUUCGUGUACAC